AAAAAAAAAAAAAAAUCUCUAUUUUCAAAAUCUCACUCGUGCAACGACGCCGUAGGAACAUGUCCUGGUUGGCUCGUUCCAUUGCCAAUUCUCUCCGCCUCGACGAAGUUGAAGAUGUGCCCGGCGCGGAGGAUAGGGCCCCACACGAUACCGUCCCGGAGGAAGACCCGCCCGGCGCCGAUCGUCGAUCGUCAGGCGACUGCCAUAGCAGCUGCGGCGGGGACGACGAAAUUGAUGGCGGUGACAACCGGCGUGGGGUGAAGGAGGAUCUGUCGGAAUUGAAAGACAGCCUCGCACGUCAAUUCUGGGGUGUCGCCUCGUUUCUGGCUCCUCCUCCUCCUCCUCCUCCCCCGCCGCCUUCAAUUCUGAGGUCGGGUGUUGGAGAUCGUGAGGGUGAGGAAUUGGUGGAGCAAGGCGGGGGAGAGCCUUGUAAAUUCGGUCCGUUGGAGGAUUUUUACACAGAUGUUGUAGACUGCGCAAUUGGGGUUAGUGAGGAAGUUUUAGCCUUCGCUAGGGAUAUCGCGCAUCACCCGGAGACCUGGUUGGAUUUCCCGUUUUCGGAGGAAGAUGAGUUCGACGAUUUCGAUAUAUCUGAUGCACAGUACAAGCAUGCUUUGGCAGUCGAACAUCUAGCACCAAGAUUAGCUGCUCUAAGAAUUGAGCUAUGUCCGGUUCACAUGAGCGAGAGCUACUUUUGGAUGGUCUAUUUUGUUCUUCUGCAUUCGAGGUUAAGUAAACAUGAUGCUGACCUGUUGACCUCAUCGCAGCUUGUUCAAGCACGGAUUAUGUGGAUGUACGAAUUAGAGAAAAGGACCAAGGAGUUGUCGGGUCUGGUUGUGAGUACAGAGCCUUCAGACUCCGUGCAUCAAAAUUUCAUCAUGCAUUCUGACGAAUAUAUGCAUGCUCGACCUGAAUAUAUCUCCGAACCAGAAAACGAGAUUGAAAAAAACUCAGUCAACGAAACCAAAUUUGUCGACAAGUCGGUCAUUAAAGAGGAUUUAACACCCAAACUCCAGGAGAAGGAGAUGAUACUGAGUUCAGUUAUUGCAAAGGGUGGUGAUCAUGUCGAUGAUAAAGAUGAUGAUGAUGAUUGGUUGAAGGAUAUGUCGGACUUUAUCGGUUAUUCGGACAAGUCAGUCAAGGGAAAUGAAGAAGACAUAUCGUUUAGUGAUCUGGAGGAUGAUUUAGAUCACACAAUACCUGUUAGAUACGAAAUAGUCACUUCUGAAGAAAAUUCGUAAACCGAAACUUCACAAGCUUGACCUGUGUACUUGGGAGAGGAUUAUAGAUCAUUCAUUCUGGACAUGGGUUUUAUCGAGUUGAGAUUAUCGGGACUCGAGUGUUCUUGGGUAUUUUGCAAGGGUUAUUAUUAUUCUACAUUUGUGGUAAAUGCAGAGGCGGUUGGCACUGCUAUAAGAUAACAGGACAUGAAAGAUACCAAAGUUGAAGAAUUUUGGUGAGUUGGAUUUUUACCAAUUGACCAUAAGGCAAGAAGGAACAUUUGGUUCCUUGAAAGAAGUUGCUAGCUUUAAAAUUUUAUCUUCCUGAGAUCACAGCUCGGGCAUUGAUGUAGAAGGAGAAAAUUGAAGAGCAAUUUUCAUGAAAUGUUGUCGAUAUAUUCUUGAAGAAAAUGUACAUAAGACAGUCAUAAAUGACGGAGAUUGUAUGUCCCAUGUGUUACAUACACAUAUUGCUAUUUUUUUUAUUUUUUUUUUGAAAAACAAAGGUGGUGUAAAUCAAUUUUUCAAUGCUAUACAUACAUUUUUUGAGAUUUGCGACUUAUAAUAUUUUUAUUUUUCGUGGUAA